UAUCACUCAUCAAUUAGUUUUUUCAAAAAAUAAAUAGUUUAAGCAAAAAACGUUUGGUUCCAUACUUUUUAUUCACCUGGUAUAUUGAAACUAAUUGAAGUGAAUUCUCAUUAUUUUUAUUCGUUCAAGUAUUUACAGAAAUUUGGUUCCGCGAAUUAAUUCAUUAUUUUACUUGGUACAGGAAGAAGGUGCUUCAAACAGCCACACCUGUGGUAAUUUUUACCGAUAAGAUUUGUUUUAGUGAUAAGAUUGUUUUUUAUUGUUGUUACUUGUUCACAAUGGAAUCGAUUUUGUUAUUUUUGGUCAAAUUUUUAACACUUCUUUUCAGACGCACAAGCAAAUUUAUUUUUACAUUCUUGUGAUUUUAACAGAGAAACGGCAAAAAGUGUAAUUGACUCAUACUUUACGAUUAGGACUUUGUGUCCUGAAUUUUUUACAGGAAGAGAUGUUUCGAAAUCGCCUCUUAAGGAAAGUUUGGAUGUUGCUUAAUAACUUUCACGGUUACAAUUAUAGUUUUUGUAAAAAUUGUUCGCAGACUUAUCGCUUUCCUCCCUGAAAAAACACCUCAAGGAAAAAGAAUUAUUUUGGUAAAAUUGUUGGACCCAAAUCCAAAUAAUUUUGAUUAUGUUGCGAUUUUAAAAUAUUUCGAUAUGGUUUGUUCUUUUUAUAUAAAUAAGGUAAAACUGAUUGAAGAGUAUUUGGUUAUUUUGGAUUUGGAUGGUUUAACCAAAAAUCAUUUAAACAAAUUUGAGACUUCAGUUUUGAAAAAAUUCUUGUGCUACGUGCAACAAGCCAUCCCUCUUAAAGUAAAAGGGAUACACUGUUUAAAUAAUAAGUCUUUGUGUGAUGACAUAAUGGCCUUAAUAAAACCAUUUAUAAGGACACAAAUUGUGUCUAAGGUUCAUGUUCAGAACGAUGUACAUGAUUUAUUAAAAAAUGUACCAAUGAAGUGUCUUCCUGUGGAAUAUGGGGGUACAGUAAAAUGCAAAGUUUUACAUGAGAAAACCAAGAAGAAGUUGUCUGACAAGAUUCCGUUUUUUAAAGAGGAAGAAAAACAAAUAGUUAAUGAGAAUAAGAGAAUUGGGCCACCUAAAGUAACAGAAGAUGAUUUUAUUGAUUUAUUUUAUUGUAAUAAAUGUAUUUUGACAAUAAUAAUUUUUUCAUAG